AAAAAAUAAAUAAUUGAAAAUUAGCCGCCGAACCGAUCGGACGUGUGUCGCGCUUGUUCGCCUUUUCGUGAUUUCGCCCCAUGGCACGAGCAGCUCCAAACAACAACAUCAACUAUUGGACUCCGCAGUGCCUGUUUUAUAAUUUGCAUAUAUAAUUUUAUUUUCGCCCAAAACAACUGCACUUGCAGAAAUAAUACAAUUAUUAAAAAGCAACUGCAAUAUCAACGAUCCCAGCUUUGAAUUUGGUUGGCUUAAGGUGGCCAUUUAAAGUUUGACAAAGAGAAGCCUAACUGCUUUGGACGAUCCCAACGAAUAACACUUCGACCAAUAUCCCACUCAGUCAAGGAAUUUCAAAAGAUCUUACUCUAAACUGUGACAAUAACUACAUUAGACCAAAUCGCUAAUGAAAUCGGACACCUCCAAAGACCCCGCCCGAUGCGCGUGGGUGGUGGCGCAUCGCUUUUGAAUCGAAUUCGGAGACAUGCUCAGCCAUUGACCAGGGGCCAAGACGACCGCGUAGGAGUUCGCUGCCAUGUGAGCAGAGCUCAGUCGGCACACAAAAAACGUUCAACGAAAAGCUAAAUUACAGUCAAGAGCAGACGACGGUUAUCCACAGACAGGUUGCAGUAGCACAGAGCUCCAAAUGGAGGCCACUGAGCAGGAUGUCAUGCUGGAGGGCAGCGAAGACCUUAUGUCCACAUCAGCCUCGUCCACAAAUGGCGGGGAUACAAACGGUUGCGGCAAAAAAUUGACCGUGACCUCGCCGGAUCCCACAUCGUACGUGACCAAGCAGCGAGUGACGCGGCCCACGCCCCCAGCUCCUUCGAAGAACCCGAUGCAGUUCGUCCAGAUCAAGCCCUGCAACCUAUAUCAGACCGCGCAGGAGCAGCUGAAGAAGGCCGAGGAGGUCAAGAAGCUGAAGGAGGUGAAGAAGGAGGAGCCAGAGGAGUGGCAGAACAACCUUGACAAUUGGAAAUCAUCAAGGCGAAAACGUGUCGAGCACAUCAUCGAUCGUGCGGUGGAGACCAAGAAACUCGAGCUGGAGGAACAUGAUCGCAUGCGACGAAAAUCGAAAACAUUCACCGAAAUGAUGGAGGAGAGGGCUGAACGGGGCGGACCUCGAGGGCGUGCAAAGCUGGCUUCUCUGGCCGUUUACAACGAGGAUGAGACGAACGAUCUGAGCGAUCUGGGGAUCGGAACCAGCAGUGCCAGCGGCAAGAGCAGUAUGUCCGAAGAUUAUGACAAUAAUAGUGUGAUGAGCGACCACGCCGCCGAGCUGGACAAGGCGAUUGGCGCAGCUAGCCCUGGAGCUGCUGGAGUAAUCUCUCGAAACGUAGAAGAGCAGCAGAAUCACAUAAAUCGAAACGGCAGCAAUGGGAACCACGGCAACGGCGUGACCAUUGGCCAGGCGGGCAUCUCGAAUCCCUCCAAGGCAACGGGAAGGGAGUACGUCUCCUCGCCGGGAUACGACACUUCGUCCAGUACGGCACCAGCUAGUUCCCCGGAUCCAUGUGAAUACACCUACGAGGGAGCCAUCCAGGACUACAAGCAGAGGGUCCAGCGGGCCAGCAGCAAUGGCAAUGGAAAUGCCAAUGGCAAGGUUAUCGGAGAACCCAUUGCAUAUCCUACAAGGCGUGGAUCCAAGAUCGAGGAUCGCUUGAGCGGCUUUGAGGUGACCUCGCCUAGCGACACGCAAGAGGGUGUGGAGAAACAGAAGGUGGACGUGCCCAAGGUGGACAUCUCCAAGCGCAAGGAGAUCUUCGAGCAGGUUAAGACAGAGGUGUCCAAUGGAGCUGCUUCCGCUGCCCCCAAACUGGUACUUCGAGAUCGUUUAACCAACGGGAAUUCAGCUCCCACUGCCCCCAAAUCGGACGUUAGACGUCUCUCUGGCGACGUCUCCAGCAUUCGGGACCGCAUGCAGAGCUUGGAGCAGCAGCGCAAGGCCUUUAAUUCCAGCAAGAGUGUGGAUGUGCCAGUGCCGCCGCUCAAGCAGCGCCUAAACAGUCUGCAGCAGUCCGUUACCAAAGAGGAGCAGAAGAAGCCACCGCUGGUGGCCCUCAUCGAUGCCAGACAGCUGGAGAUCAUGAGGGGCGAGGAGGAACGAAUGCGUCAGCAACAGCAGCAGCACAAGGAGCAGCAGCAUCUGCAGAAGGGGAAAGAUAAGGAGAUGGAGAAGCAUGUCCCACAAAACCAAACCACUGUGCUCGCUCCUGCGCCAGCACCACCGGCCCUUAUUAUAGAGGAGCCACCGGUGGCGGCCACAAACGAUGACAGCGGCAUCCAGGAGGACACCACCGACGAACUGCAGCAGCAGCAGCAGCAACUCAACGCGGCCAUCGCAGCCUUGGCCCUCGAGGAGCGCCAGUUGGAGGAAGCGGCCAAUGCGGUCAACCAGAUCGAAGCGGAGUUCGAUGAGCUGACCGAUCUGAAUCCCUCGCCAUUGCCACCAUCGCCAGCUCAUCCAUCAGUCCUACCAACUCCAUCGGCAGCUGCUCCAGUUUCAACACAAGCGGCCAAUCAAGCGGCUGCUCCUCCAUUGCGGGACAUGGAAUUUAGUAUCAACGAAGCUCUUGAAUUGGCGCUGCAAGCUAUCGAUCGCGAGGCGACAACCAAGCCAAUGGACAAGGCACAACAUCCGCAGAAGCAGGAGGAGAAGGAGCAGCAGGAGGAGUUGGUCGAUCGGCCAGAGGAGGAGGAGGAACCAACUCAGAAAGAUGAUGAGGAGCAGCAGGAGCAGGAGGAGUCCAAUGAGCGGGGGGAAUCACACACCGAGGGUGGGGAAAUGCCAAAUAAAACCGAUGAGCAGAAACAGGGGGAACGAGAGCCCAUCUAUGAGAAUGUCAGCUCGACUAUAUCUAUGCAUGAAGUAGAUAAUGAACAGAUAGCAACGAUGACGAUAACCACACAGACCCAGGCGACGCGGAGGAGUCACAGAAGAAGCAUUCCAAAUAAGCAAACCAGCAACAAUAACGAGAAUAAUCAAAGCCCUAAUCAAACCAACAGCAACAGCAACAGCAACAAAAGCAGCAGCAGCAAUCAAAUGGAGAACAGCACAGCCGCAGCACCAGCAGCAGCCAUCGUGCCCCCAGCAAUAUCUGGAGAUGCCGAGCCCUACUACCAGGUGCCCAAGGCCGCGGAGCCGUACUACGAUGCCCCGAAGCAUUUAAGACCCGUGCCCGUUUACGAAAACAUCGAGAUCUUCUACUCGGGCCUGGAGAUCAGUCAGGGAUCAGCGGGAACGCCGGGAACACUGGGGUUGAUGGAGCCGCCCAAGGAGAAGCCACCACCACCGCCCACCGAAAGUCCGCCGCCGAUCCCGGCGGACGAGGGCCACGACGACGAGCUGGAUGGACUGGGCAGCAGUCUGGGCCACAACACCGACACUUGGUCGUCGGACAACACCUACGAGACCAUCUCGAAUGGCACCCGCAGGCACCUUCAGGGGCAACUGGAACCCGCCCAGCCAUCGCCGCCCAUCAAGCGGAUGAACUCGACCAAGCGCAUCAAGAAGGAGCUGCGCAACAAGCGCUCCAGCUUCCUGGGCAUCGAAACCGACGGGGACAUCGACGACAUGGAGACCUACCUGGAGCUCACGGUGGCCCCACCGCCGGACAUGGCCCAGCUCUUGCAGGAGGAGCGGCGCCUGGAGAAGCAGCUGUACAUCAAGGCGGGACUGUGCGACAGUUCCGACACAGGAGAAAGUCGCGACUCUGGUGUUUCUGAGAACCACUCACGGCAGAGCAGUGAGCACUAUACGAACUCCUCCGAGGAGAACGACACCCAGUCGGAGGCCACGCCCCCGCCGCUGCCCCCGCCCCCGUCGACCGCCCAGUUGGGCGAAGUCAUCUACCAGAACGAAAGCCUCCUGGCUGCCCAGACUCCGCUCCUCCAGACGGUCAAGGGCAACUCGGCCGAAUCCUGGACGGAGUCGGCGACGGCGGCAGCGGCGGCCACCCAAUCGCUGAGCGAGGCCACAGCGACGGCCAAUGCCAAGAUGCAGUCCAUCGAGGACAAGAUCCGGGAGCAGGGCGAGGUGUUGCGGGUGGAGCGCGAGCUGCUUCAUUUUUCGCAGGAGGAACUGAAGCGACAGCGUGAGAACCUGCUCCUCCGUGAGAAUCUGGCGCGACGGGAGCUGCAGCACGGAGCGAAGAUGCUGAUGACGAACAACAGGCGCUCGCUGCAGGAUCUGCACCACGGCCUAGGCAUCGGCAACGGGAUGCUGAGUGCCUUCCAACCGCCGCAGCUCCAUCAGCCUCCAAUGCCGCCGCCGCAUCCGCAGCAGAUCUACGCCAACGUGCCGCAGCAGCAGCAACAGGCGCCGCUGUACGCUUACCACCAGAUGGACACGGACUACCGCAAGUCCAUGUCGGAUCUGAACGAGUUCUCCAACCGGCUGAUGCUGCCGCCGACGCCCCCCACAAAGCCUCUGAGGGCGAUGCAAAUGGCCGCCAAUGGACAUGGCCUGGAGCCGGACUAUGCGGUUAGCACGAGGCAGCGCCAGCCGGUGGUCCCAUACGGCGGCUCCCUGGUGAAGAUCGCUGGGGCACCGAUGCCCCCUCGGCCCUCCGGUCCAGGAUAUCCCGUUCCGGCGUCGGCUGCGGCCGCCUACCAUCACCAGUCCGCCCAGAACCUGAGCAACAUGUCCAGGAACACUUUGCUCGCCCUGAGUGCCACCCCCAAGCCCAAAUACACGGACGGAUGGGUGCAGGUGCAGCAGCGGAAGAGCUACGACAGCCACCAGGUCAACGACCCGGCCUGGCUGUCCGCCCAGCAGCAGAAGCGCAAGUCCAUGCCGGACUACGGCGGAGCCCUCUACAACAACAACCACUGGCUGCUCCAGGAGGCGGAGCAGCGGCGCAUCGAGCAACUCAAUCGGCGUUCCAUGCCGGCCAGCAAGUCGAUGGGCAAACCGCUGCCCGACUCCAUCAUCCAAACGCUGACGGAACGGGUCCAGAGCAAGGGCAUCGGCGAACGAAAGCGCUUCGAUGGCAACGGCAAUUAUAGCCAGGUCAACGGCAACAGCAAUGUCUACCAGCAGCAACUGCAGCAGCCGCAGCAGCAACAGCAGAAGUCCAGCAUCAACAACGGCGGCAACCUCAACGGCAACGGCAACAGCAACAGCAGCCAGGAGAAGGUGCUCAGCGUCAGUGGCAAGAAGAAGUGCUCCCAUUGCGGCGACGAACUAGGUCGCGGCGCUGCCAUGAUCAUCGAGUCGCUGCUGCUGUUCUACCACAUCAACUGCUUCAAGUGCUGCGUCUGCCACGUCCAGUUGGGAGAUGGCCUCAAUGGAACGGAUGUCCGGGUGCGGAACCACAAGCUGCACUGCCAGAACUGUUACUCCAGCGACGAUGGCAUCAAGUUCAGCUGCGUCUAACUGAGUCCUUGCCAAGGGAAUGGAAGUCAAUUCGAAGAUGGAACUGGGGGUUGUUGUUGUUCUUGUUGCUAUUGCAACAUUGAUUGUUGUUGUUGUACUAGUAAUACAUAGAUACUAACUACUGACGUAAUUCGUAUGUUUACAUAUGCAUAUACACUACAUAUAUCCAUGUUGAGAACAAAGUCAAAUGCAAAACGUUUCAGAUUAGUGUUAAUCGCUUCUAUAUAAGUACGAAAUUUUUUGAAUGUCUGCAUUGCUUUUUGACUCAGAUUUUAACUUUUUAUAUACGAUAUUCUACAUGUUUGAAAAUCCGACGUUAUACAUACAUACAUAUGUUUGAAAAGCCAAGCUCUCUAAAGUUUUACGCCAAGUCAAAGUAAAGUUUCAAAAUGCACUUAACAUGUGUUUUGAAGAAUAUUAGACAAAAAUAUUGAACAAAUAGAAAAAAAGUUCUAUGAACGUUGUUAAAAUUUUGAAAUUGUAUAUUGCCUACAUAUAUAUAUCUACGACAAAUGGAAAUUGUACAUUUAUUUACCAACCAA